GCUCAUAGAAUCCUUGAUAUGAUAACCUUUGGUUGAGGACUACUUGUCUUUUAUACCAUUAUAUUAAUUAGAUUUUCGUAUAGCUUUCAAUGUUCUGCUACUUGUCUUUUUCUACCUUUGGUUUCCAUUUUCUGCAAUUUGAUAUCUAGUAUUGCCUCCUUAUUCAUGCCUUUCAGGGGAUAAUAUUCCAUCACAAUCCUUUGUACAACAAGACGAUUUCAGACAAAAAAGGAACUCGUAUGAGACGGCUGAAAAGAUAUCUACAAGAGGAAUAUCAUGCAAGGUAAAAGUUACCGCGCAUCCCCUAAACAGACCUCUGGGAUUGUAAGGGGAUUGCUUGGCCUGAUUCCUUCACUUCGCUGUUGCUUUACCCAUUUCAGAAGAUGAAGACUUCCGCAAUGAAAAUGCCGCUACCAGGUACAACUUCUACAAGUUGUACUCCUGCUAAUGAAGAUAGGAAUAAGACCGACAUGCAAGUUUCUGGUGACGAUACAUCAAUCUCCGCCUCAUCCUCCACUUCGGAAAAUGAAGGUGAAAAUUGCACGGUUUCCCCAUUGUUAGCUAAGACCAAAAACAAGACAUAUGAUAAUAGUGAACCACUCGACAAUCCUGUGGAAAUUGAUAAUCUAGAAGACUUCUUUACUCGAGUUAGUGGACAAAUUAAACGAGCUCGAUCUAUCAGUUUUUCGACUGGCCAAUCUUCUUCCAUAUAUGACAAGAUAUCCGCCACACAAAAGUCUACACCGUCAGUGGAAAUGCUCGCCACAUCAAAAGAUGACAUUGACAGAUUACUAAACAUGCCUUCUCAAGACUUACUUGUACCUGAAAACUGUUCAACAUUAAGUGCAGCACUGUCAAUAUAUGCUUUGUCACCAGAUUUAUCGGCUGAGAGAGCGAUUGCCUUGGAGAAACUCAAAGAGAACCUUCCGCAUCUUUCCUCAACCUUGCGUAGAGCUAAGAAGGACAAAGAGGAGUAUUAUAAGAAGGCUGCCAAGAAAGUGGUCAUCGUCGAUGAGCUCACAAAAGGUCAGGAACUCUACACCAACCUCAAAGAGUACAACGACAAGCUUGAAUGUACAAUGGAUUCCAUCAGAAACCAAAUGAGUAAGUUGAAGGCAAGAUUGAAGGAUGCAAAGACAAAAAGAAAAGCAAUCCAGGAGCAAAAAUUGAGUUUGGCUAAGAAGUGUUUUGAAAAGUCUACUAAUCUUGAUGAAAUGGAAGCUGAGUUUCCUGUUCUAGAAGAGAUGAAAGAGUUAGCUGAUUCGGAUAUUGCCCAAGUGGAAGAAAGGUUGAAAGUCUUCAAAAGCAAGAUAACCGGAUCGCCUGUGUAAAUCGCCCUUCAUAUGAAUUUGCUGGCUAGUAUUCUAGAGUAUAAGAGCAUGUAAAUAUCUUUUUUGCGACGUACUUUCUAUCUUUUGGAUGGCAUCCCUAAGAAUAGCCAAGUUGGUCAAACUCGUAAAGUGAAACGAGUAGUGUAGAUCCAUGGCAAUGUACUGGAAUUUUUGCAGAGUUGACAAAGCGAUCAAGAAGAAUGAUCACAGUUACUAUCUUUUGGUGUAUAUGGAACGUAAGGAAUCACAGAUAUUUUGAUGGAAUCUCAACUCCAACUUAAACUUUGAAGGCCUUUUGCUUAGUUAACCUUUACAGUUGGAAUUUUCUUAAACUUGUAA